AUGGCUGAGGAUAAGCUAACAAAGGGGAGAGGUUCUGGGAUUUGCUUGUUGCUGAUGGUAGUAUCGGAAUCUGAUCGCGCUUGUUAUGAUCUUGUGUUGAUGUUGGACUCCCAAGAGAUGUCUAACUCUGUCAUCAAUGGCAAUGAUUCUCUCACUGGUCACAUCAUAUCUACAACUAUUGGAGGCAAAAAUGGGGAGCCUAAACAGACUAUUAGUUACAUGGCAGAACGUGUUGUAGGAACUGGAUCAUUUGGAAUUGUCUUCCAGGCAAAAUGCUUGGAAACUGGGGAGGCAGUUGCAAUCAAAAAGGUUUUACAAGACAGGCGAUACAAGAAUCGGGAAUUACAGUUAAUGCGGGUGAUGGAUCACCCAAAUGUGAUCACUUUGAAGCAUUGUUUCUUUUCCACUACAAGUACAGAUGAACUUUUUCUUAAUUUGGUGAUGGAAUAUGUUCCAGAGUCCAUGUAUAGAGUCUUAAAACACUAUAGCAAUGCUAAUCAAAGAAUGCCCAUCAUCUAUGUGAAACUUUAUAUGUACCAGAUUUUCAGGGGGUUGGCAUAUAUCCACGCUGUUCCCAAAGUUUGCCACAGAGAUUUAAAGCCUCAAAAUAUACUGGUGGAUCCUCUUACACACCAGGUGAAGCUAUGUGAUUUUGGAAGUGCAAAAGUUCUAGUCAAAGGUGAAGCUAAUAUAUCAUACAUAUGUUCACGGUUCUAUCGAGCACCAGAACUUAUAUUUGGUGCCACUGAGUAUACAAGUUCAAUUGAUAUUUGGUCAGCUGGCUGUGUCCUUGCUGAACUUCUUUUGGGCCAGCCAUUAUUCCCUGGAGAAAAUGCUGUAGACCAGCUGGUACAUAUUAUAAAGGUGCUUGGCACACCCACUCGAGAGGAAGUACGCUGUAUGAAUCCCAAUUACAAUGACUUUAGGUUUCCACAGAUAAAAGCACACCCAUGGCACAAGAUAUUUCACAAAAAGAUGCCUCCAGAAGCUAUUGACCUUGCAUCCCGGCUAUUGCAAUACUCCCCAAGUCUUAGAUGCACUGCGCUUGAAGCAUGUGCACAUCCUUUCUUUGAUGAACUCCGAGAACCCAAUGCUCGCCUACCAAAUGGUCGUCCAUUCCCCCCUCUAUUUAACUUCAAACAGGAAUUAACCGGAGCAUCUCCUGAGCUUGUUAAUAAGUUGAUACCUGACCAUGUGAAGCGGCAAAUGGGGCUACAAUUUAUUCAUUUGGGAGGAUCGUGA